CUCUAAUAGUAGUGCCGCCGCGACGAGAGUAAAAUUGACCAAAUUGCCUAUUCGCAGUAGAGUACGGUGUGUCCCUGUGCGGCGGCAAUAAACACCUUUUUCGGUAAAUUCGCAAUUUUUCGGCCGGUCGUGCGCGUUUCGGUCGAUCGGGUCAAGUGGCAACAACGGCAGCGUGCUAAUCGAAACACUGAUAACGAACGGCAAACCGAGGCUGGCGUGAUUACGCUCUGCUACAGCUGAUCGCGGUUUGUGCUGGCGUACUGCCGAAGGGGCCGUCGGUUCGGAGUAGGCGCCAGCCCCGAUACGAAAAUGGAAGGAGGAUAAAUGGCACCCGCGUGGUCAAAUCUGUGCUGUCCCUGUGGCUGCUCCACGGGACCGACAGCGCGAAUGAAAAAAGUGCGGAGAUGUUUUCAAACUUAAUCCCCCGUUUGGUAAUCUACGGGAGGAAUGAAAAUUCUAACCUCACUUUUGAGCGAUGGUGUUUUUUUGGCAUAAUUAGUGAUUGUUUCCUACUGUUCGAUUAUGGGUCUAAAGUGGGGAUCCGUGCAAUCGAUUUGUUUAUUAUUGAGUGAUCAAGUGAGAAAUAAUCAUCCUUCGUCUAGUGUAAGCGAGUAGCGCAAGGAGGGGUCGAUUUGCGCUGAUUUUUUCGGCGGUGCGCUACGAGUGAGGUUAGAUCUAGGCGAAAAGCGAGGUGAUUUAUUUAUAUGUGCAGAAAUAGAAGAAAAUAGAAUGGUUUGAAGUGUUUCAGCACUCGCGCUCACGUUUCGCGUUCCAUACACACAUAGGUAGUGUGCAGCCAGACGACCAAAUAUUAAUGAAGCAAAAUAAAAAUAAACAUCAAAACAGCAUUAUAAAACUCCAACUAUACAGAACCUGGGAGCAAUUUAGUGUAGUGUGUUCUAAAGGGGGCAGCUCGGAAGGAUCGCUCAUUUGCCCCCAUCGUUCCAAGCGCUAUUUCGGUGAGAUAGUGCGACAUAGAAAAGCAUGGUGUUGAUACGGAAAGCGGAAAAUAAAGUGAAGAAAGAGUGUUAGCAAUGAUGGUAAUGAGAAGAAAAUUUCAGUGCAUUCGCCUCAGUUUCUUUCAGUGUAAGUGAAAGCAUGUAAAUUGCUUGUUCAAGUGUCGUUAAAAAUUUCCAAACCGUGCAAAAGUAGAGGCCCUGUAGUGGCCACAGGCGGGUGAGUUGUGUUCAUUUCUAAGCAGUGACCACGGCACCGACGCUGGUUCGGUGAAGCCCAACAGCCGCAGUGGCCCCCCAGAAUGUGUCCAGUGGUGCCGCGGGGGCCAGCCGAACGUACAGGCUGAUCUUUAUGCUGCUGCUGACAUUAGUAUUGCUCCCGUCGGCGACUCCCCUAGCGGUGCCACCAGCGGCACAAUCUCAGCUUCAUCAUCGCAAGCAGCAAAUCGCUCCCACGAUCAGCGGCGGUGAACAGGUGGCGGUAUCAGAUAUCCCAAUGAUAAGCAGUCACCAGCAACAGAUUCAAAGUCAAAAUGGUUCACGUAAACCGUUUUCAUCGAUUGACCUCAUUCGGUUCUACGCCGAUACGUCUCCGGAUCUGUACAACAUUACCCUCAAGGCUAUGAAGCAGUACAUCCGGAGUCAGCUCAAUUCGACUAGGCUCGGGAAAGGCCCUAGAAAACGAUCCCACCAUCAUUCAGAUGCUGAAUUCGACUUCUACAUGAAGUUUAAAGAAUUCAACAAUACUCAGUCGGCAGUUGAUUCUUCCAAUUCUGUCGGUAUUAGCAGCAGUAGGUUUCCUAAUUACAGCAAUCAAUCGUCGCUCAAUGCAUCGACCGGUCCGUCUGUCGGGCAGGGAAAUCUUCGGGUAGAUGAUACUAUGGCCGCGUUCAAGUUCCCAUUAGAUACGGAUGUGGUAAAGUGUGGUGAUGCAAAGGAUGAUACAGGCGUUGAGCGUGUAUCCAAUGUAGAUCUUCAGGCGGCACCCAGUGGUACCAUCAACCAGAAGGAUUACAAUGUCCUGAUGGAUGAUCCACGGGGAUAUUUAGCGGCAUCUUCGUUAUAUCCGGAGCGACCGGCGAAAACAACGAGCUGGGAUUCGGCCUUCAUCAGACAGAGAGCUUGCUGCGUUACCGGUACACCGGUGACCACCAUUGCCAACGUUGGAACCCGUCGAGACGUGAACCGAUCCAAAGAUACUGAAAACCUAACUUGCAUCUCUUCCUCCCAUCUCCGCUGCGCAGUUGCUGCGACAAAAUUAAUGUUACUGUCUUUAGCUCCCAGCUGUCCUUGGGCCCGUAGGCCUCUCUGCAUACGCAAAGCCCUUUGGCUCCCCUGUGUACGUUGA